UCAUGUAAAACCAGAUUAAAAACACAAGAUGGCUUCCUGAAUGGGCUGCUGGAACACAGACGAGAGAGAGACUGAGAAAGAAGAGUGGAGAGAUAGAGAGAGAGAAAGAGAGAGAAGAAAGGGACAGAGGGAGAGGGGUGAGGACGAGAGGGAGCCGGAGUCUUCUGAUGGGGAUUCGGCCAGCGGACGGAGGAGUACAAACCAAGGCAGCUCAGAGGCUUGGAGGGUGGAAUAUUUUGAAGACAACAGUCAAGGCUGCUUGGGAAACCCUGAACUGGCAGCUGAGACUGUUCACAAAGUCACUUCAGUGGAUGGCCCCAGAAGUGGAGGCCAGAUGGAAAUUGGGUCACAUGACCGCCUCCAGGAAGGCGCGCUGAGCCUGGAACUGGCCAAUGGGGUGAAUCGCUACCCUAAUGAUGAUGAGGCGUCUAUAGAAAAAGAGCAGCAGAGGGCAGGAAGUGUGCCUUCGAGGCAAAGCUGGGUGCCAGGACAUGGCAAGGUCAGUGACACCCAACAACAGCAGCCAUGUUGGAGCAGCAGCAGUGGUACAACCCCCGGUGAACCUGUCCACCAUGCAAAUGUGGAGGAUGCCCACAAUCUGGUUGCUUUUUCUGCUAUUGCGGGUUCCUUGCCUCCUUCUUCCUCCUCCUCCUGCCUCCUUGUGCAGCCUAAUACUGCCCAGCUGUAUGAGAAGUUCACUCAGGAGACAGGUGCUGGGGGAACUCAUGCCAGACUUUCUACAGGGGCUCCUGAGGGAAGCUGCCAACCUCCAGAAGACCUGGACACCCUUCAGACAGCACUGAGCCAAGCCAAACAUGGACACAAGCCCCCUAACUGCAACUGUGAUGGGCCUGACUGUCCAGACUACCUUGAGUGGCUGGAGAAGAAGAUUAAGCUAGCAACCAGUGAGGAUCAACGCUCCCACAAAAUGGCUGAUGCCCCCCCUCACGUACAGCCUCAUUUACAGCCACCCCAUUUGCAGAAUCACCCUCAGCCCUCCCAACAGGUGAACGGCGGCCACCAUCUGUCUACUUCAUGCUCCCAGCGUCAACAAGUAACUCAAGGCCCUCACCCAAACCAAGUGCCCUGCUCUAAACCUCCAAUCCCCUGCUCCCCCCAGGUGCUCUCCAUAGCCAAGGAAAAGAACAUCAGUCUUCAGACAGCCAUUGCGAUCGAUGCCCUGACCCAGUUAUCUGGUACCAGUCCACAAGCUACCGGUCCUCCAGGUCAAACCCUUUACAAAAGUCACCUCCAUCACCACCAACAUACCCAGAACAUCAUAUCUCAGCCUCCAAAUGGCACUGGCUUGAUCCCAUCCUCUCCUGGCACCCACUCAUCUUCCUCGCGGUCUCAGUCUGUCCCUCCAGGCCUACACACCAGCCAGCAGGCAUCAUGUGAGCACCACAGACCCCAGUCCCAGGGCCAACCACCCCAUGCCACCCCUCUUCCAUCCUCUACCUCUCCCUUCCCAGGUCAGGGAAAACCUCAAGGCUUUAGCCCUAGCCCCCAGCAGUGGCAGCAGGGCUCAGGCAGAGGCUCUGAACAGAGGAACCCAUGGAUGUGUUUGAAGUCUGAGCCCCAAUCUCACUUUGCCACUGCACCUCACAGUAGCUCAGACCCCAUGUCAGAGCUCAAACAGCUGCUUGGUGACACCAGUGGAAAGUUCAGCAAUGCUCCUUUCAAGCUUCCAGUUGUACAGCAGCUUAGCUUGAACCAGAAUGGGGGUAUCCAGGCACAGGACAACCCAGCAUUGGCCAGAAUAAAACAAGAGUCAGACUCCAGUGAGUACUACCAUCACACUGCCUCCAUGGGACAGUAUGGCAUGGCUAAUGGUCAACAGCAGGGUCAGCAUUACCCUGGCACUCCCCUAUCUCCUGGCCAAGCAGCCAUCAGCCACUCCACUCAGGCAGCUCUGCAACAUCACCUUCACUACAAGAGGAACCUCUUCUCUAACCACUCCUCUGGCUUUGGAGCACCAGGCCCACAUGCACCUAUGGCUUGCCAAAACUUGAAAAAGUGGUGGCCACAGAUGGAUGCAGAAAGUUUGUCCCAUCUGGCCAUCAAACAGGAGCCCAAGGAACCCAAGAAGAAAAAAAGCAGCCAAGGAUCUCCUGUCAUUAAACCUAUGAGUGGAAUGCUUAUAGGCCCUCCACUUCCUAAACCCAAACAGAUAAUCAUCAAGAAGACCAAGCAGAAAGCCUCCAUGCCAACCUUCCUGCCUCAGACUCAGAUCACCGUACAAAAACCACCGGUCCUCAUGAUUGACAGAGCCCCAGCCCCGACCAGCCUGCAAGCAGGUCCUCUCCCCUCUCUGCCCUUCCACAGUAACUCCACUCAGGCUGCUGCUGCAGGCCUUCCUGCCCCAGCCCAAUCUCAGGUAUCCAUUUUCAACUCCUCAAUGACUCCCUCUUCCACCGUUUCUGUUUUGUCAGAAAACACUCCAGCUCUCAUGGGCCCUCUGCCCCCACCUGUGGCUCCUGCAGCUCAUGUUAGGUCAGAAGGAGCAGGCAGCCUGGCCUCCAGUAACACCAGCACCACCACACCUGUGACCUCCACAUCUCCAUCCAGCACCUCAAGAUUACAGAGUCUCAUCAACAUUGACCCGAAGUAUGAAGAGUUGAUCCGCCAGUUUGAGGCUGAAUUUGGGGACUCAGCCUCAGACACACCUGCCAGUCAGCCCAUGGAGGAGACUGCUACAGCCCCUAAGCCAGGUAAUCAAUCCCUGAUCAGUCCUCAGGGCCUCAGUCCCACAUCAUCAUCCACAUCUCAAUCGGUUCCCUUAGUUUCAACCGCUCAAGCCAGCUCCACGCCUCAUUCAGACCAUCAGGAGAUUGAAGUCAACAAGGAUGAGUCAGGGACCCAAAGUAAAGUAACCUUGAGCCAGGUGUCCACAGAAAGUCCUGAUGAGAAGCAGCAUAUGGGUCCCUUUCCUGUUUCUCUGCAUCAAGAGGCCAUACUGGACAGGCAGCAGCAGCCUAGAGCGUUGGAGGAUACGUUCAGCAUGCCAUGUUCCCCAUUGCCGAAACGUAUGAAGAUUGAAGCCUCGGGUGAUAUAGCCGUACUGUCCACCACGUGCUAUUCUGAAGAUGACACACCAACCAAGGACAGUCUGCCCUCCUCUCCAUCUCUCAAAGGCUUCCUAGAGUCUCCUUUGCGCUACCUGGACAGCUCCACCAAGAGCUUGCUGGAUACUCCUUCAAAGGAUCUGCAGGCAGAGUUCCCAACCUGUACAUGCGUGGAACAAAUCCUGGAGAAAGAUGAAGGGCCCUACUACAAUCACCUGGGAUCUGGACCUACUGUAGCCUCCAUACGAAGCCUGAUGGAGACAAGGUAUGGUGAGAAGGGGGAUGCCAUUCGGAUUGAGAAGGUGGUAUACACAGGCAAAGAGGGAAAGAGCUCACAUGGAUGUCCUAUUGCUAAGUGGGUGAUCCGUCGGAGCAGCGAGACAGAGAAGCUGCUGUGUGUGGUGCGUCAUCGUGCAGGCCACCACUGUGCCAAUGCUGUCAUCAUUAUCCUCAUUAUGGCCUGGGAAGGUGUCCCGAAGGGCCUGGCUGACAAGCUGUACCGCGAACUCAGUGACACCCUCACCAAACACGGCAACCCCACCAGCCGACGCUGUGGCCUCAAUGAUGAUCGUACCUGUGCCUGUCAAGGCAAGGACCCUGAAACUUGUGGUGCUUCCUUCUCCUUUGGGUGUUCCUGGAGUAUGUACUUUAAUGGCUGUAAGUACGCCAGAAGUAAAAUGCCGCGAAAGUUCAGGUUACAAGGAGAUCACCCUGAAGAGGAGGACAAACUCAGGGAUAACUUCCAGAAUCUGGCAACUGAGGUGGCUCCUUUGUACAAGCGUCUGGCUCCACAGGCCUACAGUAACCAGUGCCAGUCAGAACUCAAAGCUCCAGAAUGCAGGCUGGGCUUAAAAGAAGGCCGUCCAUUCUCUGGAGUCACUGCUUGCAUGGACUUCUGUGCCCACGCUCAUAAGGACCAGCACAACCUCUACAAUGGUUGCACAGUGGUGUGUACUUUAACGAAGGAGGACAACCGUGCAGUGGGGGAAAUCCCUGAGGAUGAGCAGCUCCAUGUGUUGCCUCUUUACACAAUAUCCCUGACUGAUGAGUUUGGCAGUGCGGAGGCACAGCGCCUCAAGAUGCAAACAAAUGCUCUCCAGGUGCUUCAGGCUUUCCGUCGUGAGGUACGCAAGUUGCCCGAACCUGCCAAGUCCUGUCGACAGCGCCGACUGGAGGCCAAGAAAGCUGCUUCAGAGAAGAAGAAAAGUAAACUCAUGCAGCAGGCAGGGGAGACGCCAGAGAAAACAGUUGUCAAGACUGAGGUCUGCAUCACCAGUUCCCCUCAACCCCAAGGCAAUAAAGCAAUUAUAAAACAAGAAGUGAAGCCCAACAUCAAGAUGGAACCCUUUAACGGAUCAAUAGAUGGAUACCCCGUGCAGGCAGCAGACCCAUUCAGUAACAUCUAUCCACACCCUGCCUACUAUGCAAGGGGAGGCCUCCCCCCAACUGGCCAGCCCUCUGCACCCGAAGCAGUAAAGGCUUACCACCCCAGUCUACCUGCUAUGCCCUAUGGCUACUACAACUACCCGCCCAAUGCACUUUUCCCCCCUAAGCUAAGGACCUAUGAGGGUCGCAAUGGCUCUAAGGUCGUCCAGGUAGAUAAGAAGCCCGACAUUCAGAGCCUUCAGGCCAAACUGGCCCAGUCCUGCCCCAGCCACCCAGAGCAAACCAGCCAACCAAACCAUAGCCCUUACACCCAACCUGCAGACUACAACCAGUCCCGUCCUUCCUCUGUCUCCUCUGAGCCCUCAAACAGAGGCACUCCGAUCAUCAAACAGGAGCCCAUAGAUGUUCCAGUCUAUGAAGGCACAUUGCCGAGCCAGAUCGGUGCCAACACAGCGAGAACCACCCCUCAGCCUGUGGCCUGGCCAGGACACAAGCUUAAUGGAAGUAUAAUUCCUACCACCUGGGAUGGGCAUCUAAACCGCAAACAAAGUCCUGAGGCCUCAUCAUUAAACCCAGACAAGCAGCAAUUUCACCAGCAUCCUCAGCAGCGGCAGCCCUCUCCUUUCGCCCAGCAGUGGGCAUCCUAUCCUGGUUCAAAUCCCAUGAUAGUUUCCCCAUCUCCAUCACCAUCACUCCAGGUACCUCCCUCUCCAUCUCCGUCCCCUCACCUAGGCACAGUGCUCCAGGCUAACAUACACCAAGGCUCCACAUGCCCUGCUACCCCACGGCCAAGCACCCCUCACACAGGUCCACCACAGCCUGGCAGCUGUCACUCAGGCUCAGUUACCCCACAGCCAGGCACCCCAGGCCCAGGCACCCCAGGCCCAGGCACCCCUCGACCAGGCACCCCCAGGCACUGGGCCAGUCCUGCUCCUAGCCCUCAGCCGAACGCUUGGGCCAUGGGGCCUGCAGCAUAUAGUCCUGUUUUGAAGCACAGCAAUCCUGCAGGAGCCUACCCGGAUAAGAUCUGGUCCAAGACUGGUGAGAGUCGAUGUUCCACUCCCCUUGGGUUGCAAGAAAAGGUCUGGAAGUCUUGUGGUGGUUCAGUAGCAGGCAGCACCCCUUCCCCUGCUCCUGAAGGACGCCUCUUCCCUGAUGCCCUGCAGCAGUCAAAUCAGGCCUGCUGGGACCCCAGCCGAGCUGAGAGUGACACUGAGAGCAUCAAACACGAUGAGGAUGAGGUAUGGUCUGACAGCGAGCACAACUUCCUGGAUCCCAACAUUGGUGGUGUAGCGGUAGCACCAGCUCAUGGCUCCAUCCUGAUUGAAUGUGCCCGUCGGGAACUACAUGCCACAACUCCACUCAAAAAGCCUGAUCGCUCCCACCCCACCCGCAUCUCCCUGGUCUUCUACCAGCACAAGAACCUCAACCAGCCCAUGCAUGGCCUGGCUCUGUGGGAGGCCAAAAUGAAACUGCUGGCAGAGCGAGCACUGCAGAGGCAGCAGGAAGCGGCUCUUCUUGGCCUCUCCCAGGAUGACAUCAAAACGCUUGGGAAGAAACGCAAGUGGGGGGCUACGGUGGCAGGUGCCAGUCCAGGACCUGGACAAUCUAAAGACAAGAAGGAGGGGCCAGUGACACGGUUAGCCCCCACGUUCAACACAACCUCUAUGGUUACUGUGUCUCCCUAUGCCUUCACCCGCCUCACUGGGCCCUACAGCCACUUUGUCUGAGGCCAGACGGACACAGACAGACUGAUAGCUACAGAGUGGUGCAGUGGAGGGCGGGAGAGAGCAAUGAGCAGGAUGAAUGUCUCUCAGCCACCCGCAGUCUGGCAUCUCUCCAUCCUGCCCCCCUCCACAGUCCACUGGGAGGAGGGGACAUUUUUAUUGUUUUUACCUCAUGUCAGGCAGUGGUUUGGGCUUCAGACACACUGCCUGUGGUGCUCUUCCUCUCUCUUCCCUGGAGAGGAACUCCAUUGCUUUUUCUUGUUUAUAGAAUUUUAAUGAUUCUAAUUAUUGCUAUUGUUAUCAAUAUUAUUAUGAUUGCUAUUGUUACUGUCAAUGUUGUUAUUACAGGUAUUAUUAUAAUGAAGACUUGUUUGUUUUUUAUUAUUGCUGUUUUCAUUAAUGUUAUUAUUAAUGAGGUGAUUGUUUUUGGUUAUAUAUUUUUUUAAAUCAAUCAGUCUGAGUCGACGUACUCAGACAGUUGCUUUUUCCAUGUCUGGAAAAUGUGUACCCUUUUUUUUGUUUGAUUUUCUUUGUUCUUGUCAAUCUUAAAGCUGUAAUUGGAGGAGGAGCUAUUGUCUGCCUGGUAAGACAGCAAAUCAGUGUUACAGUAAUAAUGAUCAUGGCUGCAUACAAAAAUGGAGACUUGAAAUAGAUAUCUAUUUCUAUAUUGACCAUAUACAGAUAUCUGUAUACAAAUAUAUAAAAGCCAGUUUAGGCCCUCUGAAAGGAAAAUUCUAACUAUUAUUACCUGGGCUUUAUUUUUUUUUGUUUUGGCCACCACAAUGAGUGUAUACAGAUUUUCUACCAGCAUCAUUAUGGUCUAAUACGCAACUCACAGUCUACUUUCUGUCUGCUAUCAAAAACUCCAAACAUUGUCUACAAAAAUGUUAAACAAGAUUAAAGGUGGAAGGAUGAGGAUUCACAAAGCUAGCUGUUAAAGCAGUAGCGUGUAUGUCAGAUCAUCUGUUGUAAUGCACCGGUGCAGUCCAUCUUGCCCUUUUGAUGUGGCUAAGUAGACUAAAAAACACUUAAAAUUGGAAACGAGAAUAUGAUAUUCUUUGUACACAACAGAAGAGUAGUGGUUUUAUUUAGCUGUUGGCAGUUUGGAAGGCCAAAACUGUGCUCUAAAUUUCUAAACAAAACAAAUCAUCAUGAUGCUAAUAUAAAGAAAAUGAUGUCCAGGUUAAUAAUUGCUGCAGUUAAACCACACUGAGAGAAAACACUGCUGUUUGUCUUGCCGUCAGAUGAUGCGCUCCUCCUACUCUUCUACACCCCUCCAGCUUUCGACUGGUGCUCAGCUUCCGGCUCUGGCCGAUUUUCAUUCCGCUACUCUUCAUGGCACUUGUUGCUGUAUUUAGGUGCUCGAACUCAAAUUUGGCUCAAGUAGUAUUUGCAAGUAUAUAUUUGUUGUUUUGUCCGAGGUGGGAUACCAGAAUGAUGGGUUAUAUCACUUAAAGAGAUGGAGGCAGAAAACGUGUUGCGCAAGGAAAAGUAGAAAGAAUUAUCUUGCAAGUCCUUUCCCUUGCAUUUAAUGUUUUCCUGCAAGGAAAACGGCGGUUUUGGCAUAUGGUACCCCACAAAGGCUAAAUAAGUGAUAUUAUUUGCAAAUGCCAUUUAACCCAGAUCUGCAAUUAUCACACAGAGAUGGAGCAGGUGGCACUCUAUCUUCCUAUAACAUUUAUGUAGGGGUGAGCACUUCCCAGUGUAAACUCUAGAGGGCAGCAGUGACCGCCGUUUCAAAGCGGUGUGUACAAACAAACCUACAAGCACUUGAGAUCCAUUCAGAAGCCAGUAAAGCUCUGCCUUGAUGCUUUAACCACCCAUGGCCAGUAGAGGGGGAUCUCACAUCCUGUUUGCUGACCACGGGUGAGACUCAAGGCAUAUCUUUAUCCAGUUGUGGCACAAAUGUGAAUGAAGUGUGGCGACGCCUUUAGGAAGCCCACCCUGGAUUAGAGCAGAGGGAAACAGUGUUGGAACAGCAGUGCUUUUGGUGCUCCUACACACACUCUGGUGCUGUCCUAUUACACUUGAUUUACUGUGAAGGGCCCACUCCUUCCUCUGCAUGGUGCUGUCAUCUUCGAGCAGAGCGAAGUGUGUCCUUCUGCAGGCACCUUGUCACCACGGAGCCAGCCAAUUAACGUGGCCGCCCUGUGGUUGCAGCUCUGUCCUUGGGCUCAAGAACUGGUUCCUUUUGAGGAGUUUUUGCAGUUUAUUGUGGCAUAUGGUGGUUUUGUCUCAAACAAAGUACACUGUACAGGGCAGAGUAAGCACAGUCAUCCAAUGCAUUUCUUGUGCACCCAUGAGCAGUGCUUCACGGAGCAAACAGUACUGAGAGAUAAAGGGAAACCUUAGUAAAUUACUGUCGCUGCUGGGAGUCGGCGCCAAAUGCAAACGCAAAUGCAAUCUCUCACUUUGUGUGUGUGUGUGUGUCCGGAAACUGACACAAAUGGAUGAUUGUGUGAAAAAGAACAGCCAAAGAGAGAGAUGAUUUGAUAUCCAAACUAGAAUCGCUCCGUUUAUUUUGGUCACAUGGUUUACUUGCAACAUGUGUCAAAAAUAAAAUUGAGUGACUAGUAGAACUCGACAGAAGCCGACUCCCAGCUGCUGGGUGGUUGUUUGGGUCACGGCCCUGGUCAUCUGUGAAAGACCCUGCUACCGAUCCGGAGGGUCUCCAGCUCUCUACCUCACGCUGUAGAGACACUGGUCACAAUCACAACUUGCUACUGAGGGCAGAGAAUCAUGCAUGUCUCUUUGUGUGCUCUAGAUCUCCACACUCAUUUUAACCUGCUUUUUUUUUUUUUUUUUUUUUUUUUUAAAUCUUAUUUAUUACUACAUGGUGAUGAUGAUAAUGAUUGUCUUUGAUGUUAUUGGGUUUUUUUUGUCUUUUUUUUAUAUAGCUAAUACAAAUUGUACAUAGAGAAGAAAAGAUUUAUAAAAGCACUUUUAAUCUUGAUUUUAAUGACAAAAAGAAAGAGCCGAUUAUUGACAACUUGAAGCUUAGGUUUUUGUUUUUUUGUUUUUAAUUUUCUCAAGAGAGAGAUAAAAAAUGUAAAUAUUAAACUAUUUAGGUAAGAUUAUUUAACUGGUGAGGAAAGUAACUAAACCAUGAAUGACAAGGGGGUAUUUUUAAGUUUCUGACAGCCCUUAACAACAGUAAACAACACUUUGUCCCAAUGUGUUGUGUGUAAAUGUGUGCUUAGUAACACUGCUGUUUUGCUUUCCUAAGUACUGUACCCCCUGUCAGCAUGUGACUGACAGAGCCCUGUCACUUUCUGAAGAUGCGUUCAUGAGCUCAAUUAUGUAACCUGAAACCACACUCACCUUACUCACUGACGACAGUCCAGAAAUAUGGAGGAUCCCCUGUGUUGCAGUUCUCUGCUUGAACCUCAUUCCUACAAAAUGUAGGACUUUGAGAGUUCUAGAAAAGCUUGACAAUAACAAACUUAUUAGAAACUUUCUCUCAAACUCUCAUCACAAGUGAAUGCCGAUAACAAAUUUCUAUUUAGGUGUGAAAAACACCAAAAAUUCUGAUUAUGUGGUUCUGAACAGCAGAUGUCUACUGUCAGUAACAUAAGGACAAAUCUAAACCGUUGUUCUAAGGAAUAGUUUGACAUUUUGGGGAGUAUGCUUACUUCCCACUUGUAUACCAGAAGCCAGUUAGCUUCGUGUACCACAAAGACUAGGCAGACUAUCUCAUCAGGUAAAAAAAAAUCCUCCUUUACACUUCAUUAACACUGUAUUUACCCUUUUUAAAGGUCCCAUUUUGUACCUCAUUUUAACAGGUUAAUUUAAGUCCCCCAUGUUCUUAGAAUAUGUGUUUCAAGUUUUAACUCAAAAUACUGCACAGAUCCUUUUCUCCUUGCCUUUAAUAUCCUGUUUGAACCCUGUUCCAUAUGGGCUGUUUCAGUGUCCAUAGCUUUAAACCCAACUGAGCUAUUGCUGCCUACAACCCGAACAGAAAGAGAGCCGCAGACAAACCUCUCUCUGCAUCUACUCUGUUCAAUGAGUGGCAGAGAAGAGGCAAGAGGAGGAGGAGGAAGAGGAGGAGCCAGACAGGGACAGUGCUUAUCCUGUUGUGACAUCACAACAGGCUGCAAACCUGAAAGGCUCCUUCCCACUUUCUGAUUUAUGGAGACAUAUAACAUAUUUGGUGACUCUCAUAACACACUGAGGACAGAUAGUUAUGUUCAAGAACUAAUUAAAAAAAGAUUUUGCAUAAGAUGGCCUGUUCAAAAAAGGUUUAAACAUAUUAAGUUGAAGUUGGUGUUCCUUCCAAAUAGUCACUGCUCUCAGCCAAGAAAUCCCCUGGCACAUAACCUCCUAACAUUUUUCUUUUCUGUAUGGAUUCAAAAAACAAGCUCUAGAGGCAUUGGCAGGCAGAUUUUGUUACUUUUAGUUGUUCACUGUGUGUCUAGUCUUUAUGCUAAGCUAAGCUGUCUGCUAGCUGUGGCUUCAUAUUUAGUGUUGAGAAAUGAAAAGGGUGUCUUCUAGUCAAAGUCUGAACAAAAAAGUGAAUAAGUGCAUUUCCAAAAGUUGAACUAUUCCUUUAAUAUUGAUUAAUUGGUCCUUGACAAAUUUGCUCCUGCUGUGUAGAACUGCAUCUGAGGGGUGGGAUGUUUCAGACCACGCUGGCAGCUGCAGAGCCAGUCUGAGGUGAAUCAGUAGGUGAUGUUUUAGUGAGUUAUAGCCCAGCAAUCUUUGUCAGUUGUGUUAGACUAUCAGGUAAGACACUGCCUUCCUGCUUGUUUAGAUGUAUCUAUCAUUAUUAUCUGCUCUAGCUUUCAUAAUAGCACACAGCAGAAGAAUCACAACGCCCCUGUGGAAGACACCAGAUGUUUAGUUUGUAAUGAUAAUUAUAUGACACAUACAUCAAGGCUAACAGUAGUUUGACUGGUGCAGGGACCGGGACUCGUACAGUCCAUUUACACGGCCCACAUUACACACACUUGCCUAAGAAAAGGUGCUGAGGAUACAGUGUACACGAUAUCUUGUCAACUUUGUAAAUUUCUAAAUGUCUCACAGGUUUGGUGGACGGUUCUCAUGGGAGGCACCACCUCCCAGGCACGUACUGAGACGGGGUGGGGGUGGGUCGGUCAGCUGGUGCUAUGAUGCUACACCUUGAAAUUCACUGUGUAAAAAUAAAAACAAAAUGAAAAAAAAAAAAAUGUGAGGGUUAAAUGAUUACCACAGAUAUUUUUCUGAGCUCUUCGAAUGUCAAGAGAACUAUACUUUUGAUUAAAGCAGUUUCACAGGAUGGGAAGCUGCCCUGGUGCUGACUUUAUGAAAAGUCUUUUGUUACGACGCUACAAAUUUGCAUCUCUUUUUGAGGGCAGGAGGGCACUCAAACAGUUGAUUACAUUCUCUAUUAAUAUUCAUUCCAUAUUGUACUUGAAUUCAUUUAAACUAGGGUGAGAUAUAGAAUCAUAUUAUAUGAAGACUGUUAUCUGGGUUUCACAUUUGGUACAGCGCAAGUACCAAAGGCUAUUAAAAUUAUCUUUUGAGUAUGUUGUACAUGUUCAUGUUAACUGAAUGCUAAGAUAUUUGAACAAUACAAGAACUGUGUGCUGCCUCCCUCUUCCUAAUCAUGCACUUCCUUUACUCACCUGCUUUCUUUCUCUAAAAUCUUGUAUAUUUUGUCAAACACACAAACAUAGAUAGACAUUUGCAUCUCACUGUGUGUGGCCCACUUUUCAAAAUUCUGAUCACCUAAUUUAACGAAUACUCUCCAAAUUUGGACUUGGACCCUGGCCCAUACAAGAAACAAUGAAAAUGAACCUACACAACUGGCAGCUACAUUCCUUUUUGAGUUUUAGGAUUGUUCUUGGUUCUUUAUUUUUCAUGUCAAGGAUGCAGUAUGUAAAAAAAAAAAAAAAUAGUGUUUUUGUUCAGUCUCUCUCUCUUUGUAGCUGUAUGGUGUAUUAUGUGAAUACAUAGUGUAUGUGGUAAAAACCCCACAAUAUUGUUUUAUGUUGCGCGAUAAAUAAAAACAUUGGAGUGAAA